AAAACGUACUUUUUUUAUUAAGCUUGUCCAUUAGAAAAAAUAUAUAUAGAAGAGACAUAUAUAUCUUUACAUUUCAUUCUAUCCUAUAAGAAUAAUAUUCAUUUAGCAUGUAACUUAUGAUUGGUUAACAGUUUUAUGAUUUUACAAUAUUUGGUGUAUUACAUAAUUGGUGUAAAGCAACGAAUAACAUUGAUUUAUAAGUUAUGAUAAAUAGGGAAUAAAGCCUUGACUUGGAAACAAAAAAAUAACACAUUUUAUAUCAUCAAUUUUUUGUUUGUUUGUUUGUUAAUAGUUGGAGUUCGCUAAUAAAUUUUUAUUAUUUCGAUUUUAAAUUUUAUUCUAUCAUGUCAACAAUGAUGUGUGCAAAAUGUGCUCGACCAUUUACAAGUGGAAGCAUUUUAAGUGCAUUAGAUAAAAAAUGGCAUCCUGAAUGCUUUGUAUGUACCAUUUGUAAAAGAACAUUAGCUGAUCAAUCAUUUCAUGUGAAAAAUGAUGAUCCAUUUUGUGCAAAUUGUUGGAAAGAAAAUUUUCAACCACGUUGUGCUACAUGCAGUAAAAUUAUUGAUCCAUCCGAACAAUAUAUGACAUAUAAUGACAGAGCUUAUCAUAAGAAUUGUUUUACAUGUGCUGCUUGUCAUCAAAGUUUGGCCGGUAAACAAUUUUGUAUCAAAGAUAAUGGAUAUUAUUGCCCCGAACAUGUUUAAGAAUAAAUGACUGAUAUGUUUUGUUUCAAACAAUGACAAAUUUCAGAAAUUAAAGUAUAAUUUCAAAAUUAUUCUUCAUUUUAAAUGAUUAUUUCUCGUUAUUGACCUUCUCAUUAUUGUGAUUAUUCUUUUGAAAUAUAUAUAUAUAUAUAUAUAUAUAUAUAUAUAUAUCUUAUAUUAUUAAUUUACUAUAAUUUACAUUUUACAAUUUAUGUAUUUGAAUUAAAAUUUUAAAAAAAGAUUAAAAUAUUUGAUUUGAUGAUUACGUAAUAACUCAAUUAUUAUGAUACAUUAUUGAUUACUUAUAUUAUUGUUUACACAUUUUGAAACUAUACAAAUUAACCUUUUUUGCACACUAACAAUUUUCAACAAUUAUCUUUAUUAUUUUCAAAACAAAACCAAACGAGAAAAAAACCUCAAUAAGUUUUCAUUGGUCUUUUCUUUUUGGAUUAAUGUAGUUGAAUUUUAUUUUAAUUUGAAAUGAUCUCUGUUUUUGUCUUUUUUCUUACUUAGCUUAUUUACUACUGAUAUACUCUUAAUAUAGUCAGCAGAUACAGUAACUGUCACGUAUAAACAUUUUUUUAGUUACUGACUAUUUAAAAUAUAAAUUGAUAUUCUUAUCUUCAAUAAACGAUGUAUCCAUUAUGAAUAAGUGGUUUAAAACAGUGUUCAUAAGUCAUGCCGACGAAAUAGAUGUCAACAUUAGCAUAGUUUCUAAUUAAAUGAAUACAAAUUAAAACUAGAUAUAAAUAAAUGCAUAAUUAUUGCAUCUAUUUUUUAAACAGUUAUCAUUUUAUUUUGUGUAUCCGAGAAAGAAAGCACAAAACAUGAGUAGACGUUUAUUGAAGUGAUUAACUGAGUUGUUUCUUUUUUUAAUCUUAGCUGACGUUUUUAAAUCUUUCUUUUCAAUUUUAUGCCCUUGAUUUAUAAGAAAUAAAAGAUGGAUAGAAUGAAAAUAUGUUAAAAUGAAAGUAUUCAAACAAUCUAUCUAUAGUAUAUUCACGACGGACCACCAUUGUUUUCUAUUCUAUUUACUAAUGAAUAACAAGUAUACAGUUAUUUGUUUCUGAUAGUGGUGGAGCUUUCAUUGUUCUUCCGAACAACAUCAUAAACAUAAUGAAAAACUCUACGAAGAAACCAUCCAACUCAAAGAACAAAACUCCACCUAAUUCAUCCACAUGAGCCAUAAAUUUUCUCCACCAUAUCAGGAGUUGACAAUUUAUUAGUAGUGUGUUUUAACAUUAGACAAUUUCUUUUCAGCAGAAUAGAGAUAUACACCACAUAAUGCCUGUAACUAACAAGUACCAAAAUAAAAAAUUUAUUUAUAUUUUAUUCUUAGAAGUAACAGGAAGUAAAAACAAUUUGAGUUUCAUUUUUAAAACAAACUACUAGACAGUAAAAUAACUAGGGAUUAACUUUUACUGUUAAAAGAACUGUUGAUAUAUACUUCAGGAAAUAUGAACACCGAUAAGGAUGGGAUGCAAGUACAUCCAGCUGACGAGUACCAAAUAGGACAGAACAAUCGUUGUGGAUUUUGUUGCUAGCCACCAUUUAUCUUUGCUUAUAAUACUUGUGAAUUAAAGCUAUAUUGAGGCAAUACGCACAGUAUGCACAUACGUCAAUGAUAGACUGAUCAAAUGCAGUCCUAAAUAUCAAAGGGGAAGAUUCAAGUAAACAAUAUCAAGUGAAUUCGAUGUAUAUACUUAAAUUUUCUAAUCACAUUAGUACAUGAAUUGAAAAGGUCUUUCUUAUGCAUUUCAGUUAACUAGACCAUAUACCAGUUGAAAUCUGAUAAAUUAAUUACAAAUGGUGAUAUUGAAAGAAUAUUGUUAACUUUUAACAUAAUUACAAAACUUCAUUUGUUCAUAAUUACACGUUCAUAUAUUAUUAGUGAUUUCAUAAAUUGAAGUAAAUACAAAUUAGUAAAACCGCAUACAUUUAUCAGUGUAAUGAAGUAGGCAAAGUACAAAUAUACAUAAAUCAUAUCGCUAUUCAUGAAUAAUAAAAUAAAAUAUACAUUUCAUAAAAGUAGUGGGUAAUAUUUUUAAGUAUAGAGAACGAACCAAUGGAUAAAAGUGAAAUUAAUCCAAACAAUAGUAUAGCAAUACAUAUAUAUUCUAUUAUGGUGUACAAUCUAAUUUCAUCCAAUGCUAUAGUAUAUAUUUUAUUAAUCCUUUUGUUCUAAAUAAUUCCAAACUGAACUUUAAUAGGAAACUUAAAAGAUUAUAGAGGAUAACAAACAACUAAGUAAGAUAAGAAAUUUUGCAUAGAAUGAAAUUCAAUAUGAUAACUUUGUACAAAAAGAUUUUGAAAUUAUAAAUAUACUAAAAUAGUUUUAGUAUCAGAAGGGGUUUUUGUGGAUAUUAUAGUGUUUUCAAUAGUUGAGAUCAUGAGUCA